AUGAAUUUAGCAGAACAAAUUGCUUUGAAAAAAAAUGAGUUUAAUAAGCAUAUGGAAUAAAGAGAUAUUAUAUAAGAGAUGGAUGAUCAUCUUAAAAAUCUGCAUGAAUCAGAAGAUGAUAGAUCAUUUUAUUAAAUGCAAUUUGAUUAAAAAGAUAUUCAAAAAAUCAUAACUCUUAUGUUAAAAUAUUACUCUAGAUAGGAAGGUUAAACUUAUUAGACUAAAAAAUGUUUCUAUUUUUAUAUUUGGAAAUAUUUUCAAAAUUAGGAUAUUUUUGAAAAAAAUUGGGAAAGUGAAAGAAAAUAUUUAGAAAAACAAAGACGUUAUCCAUAUAAAAAUAUGAAGAAGCAACGAAAAUUUAUAGAAGAAUAGAUUUUUGAUUUAGAAAGGAAAACCUUCUUUCAAUAUAGAUAAAAAACAAUUUUAAUCUAAUUAUUCAAAAAUGCCGCUCGAAAAGAGAGAUUAAUCAAAACAAUAGCAUUUCAUAGAUUCAUUAGAAAUGCUGCUCUAAUUAAUUAUGCAAGCACUUCAAAAUAUAAUACAAAUUAGAAUACAUUUAAGUAAGCUGUUACUUAGAUUCAAUAAAAUCAUAUUGUAUAUUAAAAAGAAAAUAAAUAAAAAUCUAGAUCUAAAUCACCAAUCAGUAAUAAUAAUUCAAAAGUUUCCCUAACAUCUAAAUCUCAGAACUCCAGAAACAAAGCUGUUUUUAGAAUUUUGAUUUAUCUCUAAAAAGUAGAUGAUCGAUUAAAAAAUAAAGUUUAAAUAUAUUUUUAUAAAUGGAUUAAGAUAAUAAUGCAUAUAAGACAACUUGAAUAGAUUGAAGAGAUUAAUUCAAUUAAUGUUAUACUAAACCAAUAAGUUUUUAAAGAGAGUGUAUUAAGAACAUAAAUUUAAUUAAUUAAAUCAGAAAUAGAUUCAAAAACUUAUCUAGCAUAAGAAUUACUUAAUUAAUUAUUAAAAUGA